CCCGGCAAUGGGAGGAGACGCGAGGCGCGAGCGUCUUUAGAUCACCGCGAGGGGAGAGGCUACAGCAGUAGGCGGGGCCUAGACUGGCUGCCCCGGAGGCAGAAAAGUGGACUGAAGACUGUUGGGCAUUGGGUCUGAGUGCUUCACCCACUACUCUGUUUUGCUGACAACUCUGGCAAUCCUCCUAAAAACAGAAAUGCCCUUCAGUUUCAUCUGUAUUCCUUGUUGUGAUUGGCCUGGAGUGGGAUUCCCCGCCCACUUCUUUUUUUCUUUUUACUUCUGCUUUUAUUUUAUUUUAUCUCACUGAACUUGCAACCUCAUCCCUUGAACACUUGAGAGCAGGAGCUGUUCAUGCUUGAUGCACUGUGAACUCCUGUGAUAAUUGUAGUUUUAUUUGUGUAACCUCCCACCUAAAGAAGAAAGACAAUGAUGGCUUGUGCUGAGUUUUCUUUUCAUGUGCCAAGUCUACAGGAGCUUGCUGAAGUUAUACAGAAGGGGCUAAAAGAUAACUUUGCUGAAGUCCAGGUCUCUGUAGUUGACUGUCCUGAUAUGACCAAGGAACCAUUUAUGUUUCCUGUAAAAGGCAUCUGUGGGAAAACUAGAAUUGCAGAAGUAGGAGGUGUGCCUUACUUAAUGCCUCUUGUAAACAAAAAAAAAGUUUAUGACCUGAAUAAGAUUGCAAAAGAAAUCAAGCUGCCUGGAGCUUUUAUUCUUGGAGCAGGGGCAGGCCCAUUUCAGACUUUAGGGUUCAAUUCUGAGUUUGUGCCAGUUAUUCAAACAGAAAGUGAACACAAUCCUCCUGUGAACAACAGUUACUUUGCCUAUAUUAACCCUGCAGACGGAGGAUGCCUACUAGAGAAAUACAGCAAAAAACAUCACGAUUUUGGUUGUGCACUACUGGCUAAUCUUUUUGCCAGUAAGGGCCAAUGUGGGAAGGUCAUUGAGGUUAAAGCCAAAAGAAGAACUGGACAACUUAACUUUGUGACUUGUAUGAGACAGGCUCUGGGAACUCACUAUGGAAAUAAGCCUGUAGGGAUGGGAGGUACUUUCAUAGUUCAGAAGGGAAAAGUAAAGGCUCACAUUAUGCCCACAGAAUUUUCUUCUUGUCCAUUGAACUCUGAUGAAGAGGUAAAUAAAUGGUUGCAUUUUUAUGAGAUGAAGGCUCCUUUGGUUUGUCUACCAGUUUUUGUUUCCAGAGAUCCAGGGCUUGAUUUACGACUGGAACACACUCACUUUUUUAGUCAUCAUGGAGAAGGUGGACACUACCAUUGUGACACUACUCCAGAUACAGUGGAGUAUUUUGGAUACUUUUCUCCUGCAGAGUUUCUCUAUCGCAUUGAUCAACCAAAAGAGACCCAUAGCUUUGGGAGAGAUUAAAUCAUUUGAUGCUUAUUUAGAAAAAGAAAUGAUUAAGGUUAUAUAACUAACUCAUUAAUUGAUACUAAUAUAAAAUCUAAACUGGGUGUGGAGGCACACGCUUGUAAUCUUAGCAUUACGGGGCUGAGGCAGGAAGAUGACUGUGAGUUCAG